GGAGAGCGGCGGAGAACCGAAAGUGAAGGGAAGGCAGCGCCCGGCGGGGCAUCCCCGGGGCGAGCGCGGAUGCGCCCGCCCGUCGCCGCUGCCGGGCCGGCACUGCAGGGCGCUGCCGCCGCUGCCCCGGGCGGCGAUGCUGUGCUGCAUGCCCGGCGUGGCUUUGGUGCCCGCUUUGCUCGUCAGCUGGUCCUCGGCCGCCUUCAUCAUCUCCUAUGCGAUCGCCGUGCUGGCGGGGCACGUCGAGCCCUUCGUGCCCUACAUCAGUGACACUGGAACUAAACCUCCGGAGAGUGGAGUCUUUGGUUUUAUGAUUAAUAUUUCAGCACUUCUAGCUUCAAUUACAAUGUACAUCAGAUAUUUAUUAAUAGAGAAGCAAAAUGAAUCAUCACACUUUGUUAGGUCUUCAUGCAAUAUGUUUACAUUAUGUGUGGGAUUGAUGGGCUGCACUGGAAUGGGCAUAGUUGCAACUUUUCAGGAGCUGGCUGUUCCCAGUGUCCAUGACAUAGGAGCUUUGGUGGCCUUUGGCUCGGGUGUUGUAUACAUCACACUUCAGUCUAUAAUCUCCUACAAGUCCUGCCCACGAUGGAACACUUACUUUGUGUGUCACAUAAGGAUGGCCAUAUCUGUCAUAUCAUGCAUUGCUUUCAUUCCCAUGAUUGUGUUUGCUUCAAAAAUUUCCAUGACAAGAAUUGAUUGGACUCCAGGUGAAAAGGAUAUGGAUGCAGAGGAUGAGGAGGAGCAUAGAAAGAGGGGACUAGGCAAGUCAGUGAGGAUCAAGAAGGAGCUGGAGGAAGCAAGAGGAACAGGUCAGUCUUUCCUCUCCAGGGGCUCCAGUCAUUCCUGUGAAAGAAACAAGAAUUGAAAAUUGACUCAAGCUGCUGCAAUUCAGAUUCAGAUGCACCACCACAGUGUAAGAGCUGGCAGGAACUGCAAGUGGCAUCUUGACCAGCUCUGCUCAGAGCUGACAUUCUUUUGGGGAGUAUGGAUAAAAGCUCUGGUUUAGAGAUCUAAAUAUUAUUCCUGCUAUUGCCAUGGGACUGUUUAUGCACAUUAGUGUCAUGAUGAAAGGGUUUAGAAGGAAUGAAAAACGUGACAGCCUGUAAGACAGAACACUAGGGGUAGCAGAAAUGAAAGAGACUCUUGAGUCAGACCCCUGAACUUCAGCCUUUGUUUAAUCUCAUUUAACUAUGGGGAAAAGGAAGCAUUUGCUCGUGCUGUAUUCUUUAUCUUUUACUGAAAAAAACUUCUACAUAUAAGACACAAAAACCACAGAGAAACACUGAGAAAUAUUAGCACUGGUGUUUCUCAUAUUUGCAGUGAACUACAAAUUCAAUUUGUAACUGUGUCAUCUUGGAAGUAAAAUGGAGCUGACAGUGGUUAAAGCAGCAGUAACCUUCCCCUCCUCAUACACUACAACCAAGAACUGGAGAUGUCCCUCCUUGAAAAUCAAACAAUUUCAAAAAUACUGAAUUUACUGGGUCUUGUUCAACAAUUUUUUUUGUGAUUUUGGUUAUUGUUUUGGUUUUUUUCCACUGUUUCUUCCUUCCUUGUUUCACAUGCAGCACAGACAAUUUACAAAGAGAGUUACAGGUGGCUUCUUGAGAAUAAUGAUCCAGGAGAAGAGGAAAGGGACAGCAGCCCUAGGAUGUUUUAUAUUUACAAAUCCUAACUAAGAGGCUUCUGUUCCCUCUCAUGCAACUUUACAAAGCUGUCUUGUCUUGAAAACAACAACCAAACCACAAAAUUAUUCUGCUACUGCUUUCCCAACACUACCAUGAAAUAAUUCAGAUAUUGAACAUCCUUUGGGUCUUAAUUAUUUUCUUUUUACUGUGUUUUUUUAAAGAACAAUUUUUGUAAGGCUGACAUAAUAUAUCUGUGACUUCUUCUGGGAAUCUUGAAUGGAGGAGAAAAGCUUUUAUGUGGUUUUGCCUUCCCCAUUUCUUCUUUCCUGAUCUAGAACCAUCCAGUCUUGGCUUGUGCCUUAAGGCAAAUAGAGCAAAGCUGUAACUGCAGUGUGAUGGUGUCAGUGAUUUUACAGAAGGUUUCAUCACAAUAUACUCCCUUCUUCCCAAAUCUUGAAUAAAAAAACACUGUAAACCAAAGGAAAAACCACUUCAGAGCAAGGUGAGGAGAAGCCAGAAAAUGGUUUGUGAUGGCAGGAAUUAUGGAGAAUAGUAAUGUGUAUUGCCAUCACUCCCUGGCUUAAUGAACUUCAACUGAGUAUUGUUAAAGACCUUUGGGACAGCAGAAGAGAUUUUCUGAUCCCUGAAAACACCAAAGAAGUUUACUGGGAGUGGUUUCCAUUAAAUUACCAGCUGCUAUAGUUAAAAACCAAACCUGCCAUAAUCUAUUUUUUUAAUUCUUUGUUUUUAAAGAAAAAGAGUAGUCCUUGUAGACAAAAACCUCAUGUAGGUCACUAAGGUUGCAAAAAAUACUGUGUAAAUGCUGUCAUAAAACCAAAAAAAGCAAAAUUAUUCUGCCGUGAAUAACAUGCGGUUACCAUUUGUUUACAAUUUAGUCCAGCUAUCAAAACAAGCUAAACAUUUUGCUAAACAGUUCACAGUCAUUUUACAAAGAACACAGAUUAGGGGAGGUAACUGCAGGGUUGGCUCUGCUGGUGUCAGCAGAGCUGCUGGAGCUGUGCUCCCUGAGCCUGGGCAUCAGACAAGGCACGCAGGCUGAUUGCAUUUCUGCUCACUGCAGCCACCCUAACAUCCUAAAGGAAAAGAAAGAAGUGCCACAAAUUAACUCCCUCUUCUUUUCAUUUCAUUCUUUACAAAAGAAAGGAUUUAGAAAGAGGAGUGGGGUCUGGGGUUGACGACACAUCAUUUUUCUUAGUACACAGAUGACUUAAGACCAGCAAAUGCAAUUUGUCUGGAGGAUAAACAGGGAAAUGUUUUGCACGAAAGAGCUGUUGGAAGUGAUGUGCAGAAGGGGAAUGUCUGGUUGCCUGUGGAGGCUGAAGGGAGGACUGCUUCAAAGCCAAGUUUCAAAUAUCAUCUGUUUUCACUAUAACACUAUGUAACAAAACAAGCCUCAGUAAAAUUUUCAUAUAAAUGGGGGAGAAUUUAAUUGUUUUGCUUUUUUUCACUGUCAUUUCUUCUCUGAUUCAGAAAGAUGUUUGAAGGAAUUUUGUUUGCUUGGAUCUUGAACAUAAAUAAAGAAUGUGCACUGCUCAGGAACAGAUGAAGUGUUACAAAUUGGAACUUAAAAUAUAAACACAUUGGAAAGUUAGGAGUGUGAAUGUGAGAAUGUGUAUGUGUGGAUGCGUUUUCUUUGUGACGUGAAAGAGCUCAUGUAAUAAAAACUUUCAAAGUCUGAUGA